ACAUUGAGCUCACUCAGAAACACACUGAGUACGUCUCUCAGACACUCGACGAGAGACGAGACACCAAGUGUUUAUCAAACGUUGAGCAACAUUUUACUGACGGUUCUUUCUCAAGACUGUCAGUCAGAUACACACGGAAGGAAGAGACUGAUGGAAACUAUGGUCUGUCCAAUGGGCAGUGGUGCCAGUAGACUCUACAGCUCCCUGGCCCAGACCCUAGUCAGCACCAGCACCACUACCACCCCGCUGGCCCAGCACCCCUCCCCCUCACAGGGGUGUCACUCUCCCCCGGGGGGGCACCCCCUGCAGCUGCUGAGGGAGUGUGAGGAGGCUCUACGGGACAGGCCUCCUCGCCUCCUCAGAGCCUUCAUCUGCCCCGGGGAGGGAGAGGUGGACAGGGAGGAAGUGGACAACGAUGCCACCCAGAGGACCAUCAGAGUUAUGCAGUGGAACAUACUGGCUCAAGCUCUAGGUGAAGGCAUGGACAGUUUCGUCAACUGUCCCCUGGAAGCCCUGAACUGGGCGGAGCGUAAAUACCUCAUCCUAGAAGAGAUCCUCACCUACCGGCCUCACAUCCUGUGUCUACAGGAAGUCGACCACUACUACGACACCUUCCAGCCAAUCCUGGCCAGCCUGGGUUACCGCGGCAACUUCUGCCCCAAGCCCUGGUCUCCGUGUUUGGAUGUGGAGGGCAACAACGGUCCGGAUGGAUGUGCUCUGUUCUACGAUGAAGCCCGGUUGGACUUGGUGGAUAGUGUGAAUGUCCGGCUGUGUGCCCUUUUCACACCCACCAACCAGGUGGCGGUUGUCACGACGCUGCGUUGCAGGGUGACAGGCCGGCGGCUGUGUGUUGCCGUGACGCACCUCAAAGCCCGGAGCGGCUGGGAAUGCCUCCGUAGUGCCCAGGGUUCCGACCUUCUCCGGAACCUCACCACCCUCACCCAAUCACCGGGGGGUCCUUCGGGUCCCAUCGGCGUCACCCCAGACACCCCUCUCCUUGUCUGCGGCGACUUCAACGCUGUGCCUUCCGAGGACGUCUACCAGCGUUUCGCCUCGUCACCGUUGAUCCUUGACUCCGCCUAUAAACGGUUAAGCCGGGACGGGCUUUCGGAACCAGCCUAUACCACGUGGAAGAUCCGGCCGACGGGAGAGUGUUGCAACACAUUGGAUUAUAUCUGGUACUCUAGAGAAGCUUUCAGUGUGGACGCCGUGUUGGAUAUGCCUACAGAGGAACAGAUUGGCCCCAACAGGCUUCCGUCGUACAACUACCCCUCCGAUCACCUCUCGCUGGUGUGUGACUUCAGCUUUAAAAAGCAGGAGGAGGAGUGAAGAGGAUCAUAUGGACAUUUGAUUGACAGAACGAGGGAUGGAGGGAACAGAACGAGGGAUGGAGGGAAUAGAAGCGCCACUGUCCCUCUGAGUCCGAACCCAUCUCUCUGGAGUAUGAUGACUGGAGAACAGGAGGAGGGAAAUAGCGAGGAGACUACCCGCUUGGUGUGAGCUUACUUUUCAGAAGUCAUGUUAUCGAUUUAAAACACUGAUUGAAGGAGAGACCGAGAGGAAUGGACUGGACAGACUGCUGAAACUAGGCUCUAUGGUUCCUGUCUACAGUAGAGGUGCUGUUGUUGUACCUCUGACACUGUGAUGAUUGCACCCUACCUGCUACUAUUGUCCUGGGCUGCUUCAGUUCAAGAGGGUAAUCCUACAGAGCAGGAUCAAGGGGUUAGCCGGCUAACUAGGAGUUAACUUGCCUAAAUAUUCUGAAGUAUUACAGUGCAUUUUGGGAAGUAUUCAGACACCUUGACUUUCUUCAAAAUGUUGUUACAUUACAGCCUUAUUCUAAAAUGUAUGUUUUUCAUCACAAUCUUCACAAUACUCCACAAUGGACAAAGUCAAUUCAGGUUUUUAGAAAUACAUCACUUAUAGCAAUACUUUGCUAUGGGCCUUGAAAUUGAUCUCGGGUGCAUCCUGUUUCCAUUGAUCAUCCUUGAGAUGUUUCUACAACUUGAUUGGAGUCCACCUGUGGUAAAUGCAAUUGAUUGGACAUGAUUUGGAAAGGCACACACCUGUCUCUAUA